UUAAAGCCACAGUGGUGCGGCCGCAGGGAGGCUGCGCUCAGCCACCGGAGCGUCAACAACACACCGAGCGGACGGCCUGGCUAUGCCACUCGGUUAGCAUCCAGAUACCUCUUGUGCUUCUAAAAUAAAAGUUUAGUAAGUUUAACUGGUUACGAGGCUUGUGCCGCUCUACAGUGCGUCCUCCGCUCGAUGGAAAACAGGCGGUGGAGAGAGGGAAACACACCGAUUCUGUAAACAUGGAGGACGAAGAGAUUGCAGAGAGCUGGGAGGAAGCGGCGGAUAGCGGGGAAAUAGAGAGAAGACUUGAGGCGAAGCUGAAAAUAAAUCAGGAAACAAAGAAGUCCAUCUUGGGUUCGGGUGGCUCACCUGUGCGGACUGCUAUUGUAAUCCAGGAUGACUCCCUGCCAGCAGCACCCCCACCGCAAAUUCGCAUUUUGAAGCGUCCUUCAAACAACGGUACUACAGGAAACCCUGCAUCCUCCUCCCGUCCUUCUCAGCAGAUGAAGUCUUUGGCGCAGCGGGAGGCAGAGUACGCAGAGGCCCGAAAAAGGAUUUUGGGUAGUGCGACGUCUGAAGAUAUGCCUCAGGACAAACCAUGCCAGGACAGGCAAAUUCGUGUGAAUGCACAGCAACCAUCAGAACCAGUUCGUCCAAACAAUCACGUGAUCCGUCAACCAACCGGGCCAGAUGGCACCUCAGGCUUCCGCCUCUGCAGAUAAAUAAGAGCCGGCUGCUGUGAGGAAUCAGCCGUCUCUCCAGAGAGGGCAUGUAGGGUGGCAGUGUGUAUGAAGAGCAGAGUGGUGGGAUGACAGAAAAGUUGUCUGACAUUAGAUGUAACACUUAAUGAGAUGAGCUGUCCCACCCUCCCCACUCUGCUUACUGGUGUGUGUUUUUGGCUUUCGCCUUGUCUCUUCCCUGUGUGGAAAGUUGCAAGGGGCUGGCAGAAAUCAGCCAGGGAUCUGAACCCCCUUCUGUUCCCUGCUGAACAGGAUAUCGCCUCAGGUCCCUACAUACUGUGAUACGUCCUAUGAUGAACCAUGAGGUGCCCUAUGAUUUCCCCUGCUUGGUCGUUGCCCCUCUGAGAGCUAGGGCAUCGGGUUUCUAACCUCCAGGGGCGAAUAAGGAGAGUUAAUGAAUUGGUACAAAUCCUCUGGAGGCAUGCAAACGAAUGAGCUGGCCUUUCCCACUGCUAGAAAGUGGAGUUUGGCUGCGUGUCCACCGGGGACCUGUCUCAACAGCGCUGGCUUCUGUCUCUGUGGAAAUGAAGUGCUCGAUGGUGCUGAGAGCUUAUUGUGUUUUCAGCAGAGCGCUAGAAACUCAAAACAAUUCAACUUCUAGUAAAAAUGCACUGUGCUGUUUUAAAUAGUUGCUUAGCAACAGCACCCACCUGAACCAGCGCUUGGCACAGGCUUCUGUUUUGGCACUGCCGGCCUGUGGAGAGAUGCCUGGUGGGCACUCAGCCUAUGGCCAAAGAUGAUGGACGGGAGGGACAGAGUGUCACUAAGUCUAAGAUUGUUCAAGCAAUAAUUAUCAAAGAAGUAGUCCCUGGAUUAUUUUUUACAAAUUGCCUAACUACCUGUGCUCUGUUAUGUUUGUGUAUUUCUUAUUUUAAACAGUGUACAUUGUUUGUUUAUGUCUCUGGAUGUUUUUUGCUCUGAGAUAUAGUAUGUUUAAGUCAGGACAACAGUGGUUUGAAAGAAAGUAGAUGGUGUAGACAGCAUAGAAAACUAGUGUCAUAAACUAGUGGUUUUUUUUGUUGUUGUUGGUUUUUUUUUUUUUUUUUUUUUUUUUUUUACACAUUAAUCAGUUCAACUUCAUCUCAAAUUUUCCAGUGUUAUGGCCCUGUUUCGUGUUGCCUUUCUAUUUUUAAUCAGCCUAGCCAAACCUGACUAACCUCUCUUACAGCCAGCUGUAAUGCAUUUGUCUAGCAAAGAAGAGUUUGAUCUCUUUUGGACCUAUCAUAUUUGCUGUCCUCUGUGUUUGGAAACUGAAUUAAAAAAAUAUAUAUAUAGUUGGCGCCCAACAUGGAGGGUGACAUAGCCAUACGAUGACUUCUUCAAUCAGUUAGAUACUUCAUUUAGAACAAAUAAAUACUUUCAUUACUCCAGUUUGUUGGUUGCAUUAAAGAGGCUUAUCAGCUGCUGCCUUUUUUGGCAGACAUUUUUAUUAAAGGUCAGGUGAACUUGUGAUUAAAUGAAAAACAAACAAAAAAAAAAACAAAUAUGUAUCUAAUUUGAGAGGCCAAA